AUGGAUAAAGAAUUUUAAUGUUGUUAAUGUUAACAUGAGUUUAAUUUGCAGGAUAAAAGUCCUCACGUUCUUCCAUCCUGUGGCCAUUCAAUAUGUUAAUCAUGCGUAAGUCAAUAUUUGUAAUCGCAAUUGAAGUUAGUUUGCAAUGAAGACAAGUAAAUUGAAUCACAUAUAAAAAAGCAUUGAAUGCCAAGUUGAAAGAGAGUUCAAAUUCUUUCCUAUUAAUCAGAGCAUUAUUGUUUUAUUGAAAAAGAAGAGAAAUGUUCAUAGAUGCCAUACGUAUGUAACUCCAGAAGACUCAAUCCCUCGGUUAUCAACUGAAGAUGUUAGCGAAUUUUCAAGUGAUAUUCAUUAGUAGAUCCAACUAAAUAAGAACAUGUCUCAAUCACAUUCAUGUGAGUAAUUACCAUAAAAAGACAAUUAAGGUGUAUUAUGUUCUAUCCAUUCAAAACCAUUAGAAUUAGUUUGUUAAGAAGAUGGAGAAUACAUUUGUGUUAAUUGUGCUUUAUUUGGGAAUCAUAAGUUUCACAAUUAUAAGUCUAUAGACACAUAUAUUAAGGAGAUGGAAUAAACAAUUAAUGAUAUAACUCCAAUGUAUGAAGUUGUUAAAGAAAUGAGCACAAAAAUUGAAUAAAAAGAAUAUGCAAAGGAGUUUGAAACUAAACUCCUCUAAUCAAAGGAAGCAAAAUUAUAAUCUAUAGACAUGAAGUUUAAUGAAUUAUUUAAUGAAUUAAAUAUAAUAAAAGAAGAAUUGAAAUCCAGAAUUGUAAAUAAUUACAAUAUUCAAUAUGAUGAUAAUCAAAAAAAAAUUGAGUCAGAAUUUAUUUAACUCAGAAAUCAAGCAGAGAAAUGGCUUUCAAAUACAGGCAAUCAAUUAAAUGAUGUUGUUGAGAAAAUUCAAAAUCACAAGUUUAAAACGGAUGCAAAAGAAUUAAAUAACAGCAAAGAAUAUGGUUCAUAAUUAAUUAACAAAAUACAAUACUAAUUUUCUUAGAUCGAUUCUCAAGUCUAAUUAAUUGCUGAUCACUAAUAAUUCUAUGUUCCAAUCGAAAACAUUAGAAAUCAAUUUCCUUAAGAAAAUAAACAACUCGAUUAACUAUUAUUGGAUAAAGAUGAUAAAUUAACAGAUUCGGACAUAAUAUUUCCAGAAAUAAAGGAUGAAAAAUUGACAUAAUCUAUGUAUAUUUCCUAAUAACCUACAUAACCUGCUUCUCCUCAAUAUAAUGUCAGUAAAACUAAUUAUUUCAGCCAAACCUUAACACCAGGAUAAAUCUAAAGAAAAGACAGAAGUGUAACAAUGUUAUAAACUGAACCUUCAGAAGUUUCUGCACCCAACACCAACAGAAAUAAAUAAUCAUUAUCCAAAUUGGUUAAAGUCUAAAAAUUUAGUAAGGACCCUAAAUUAAAUGAUAAAAUUAUUAAUACCCUAGCAAUGUUCGAAAAAUUUGAAAUGAUUGAUUUCUCUACUCUAGGUAAAAAUUAGACUAUCUUAGAAAUGAAUGACUAGUUGAUUUAAGCUAUCGAUGAGGCUCUAAAAAAUAAAAAAAUGGUCAAAGUCUUAAAAAUGAGCAAGUGUAAAAUAACUGAUGAGCUUUUUGCUAAGUUACUUUCGGUUAUUGAAACAUCUAGGUAAUGAGGUUAAUUAUAUUUAAGUGUUAUAGCAUUGCAUCUACAAUCCAACACAUUAACUGAGAAAGCAUUAGAUUAUAUUUUAAAUAUAGCCAAAUCUAAAAAGCAUUUUGAAUGCAAAUAGUUGUAUUUGAAUGGCAAUGUUAGCAUAACUUAAGCUAAGUCAAAAAAGAAGGUUGAAGAAAUUAAAAAAUAUGGUAUCUAAGUAACCAUUUGA